CCCCUACAGACAGCUCACUUGUCAGCAAGGGAUUUUCUUCCCCUCUUCCCUUGAUACGGAUCCCUCAACUGGUAUUAUGGAUUGUAUCCUUGGCUUAUUGUAAUAAAAAAAACAAAACAAAAAACAAGGGAAAAAAAAUCCGUGUGGGUUUGCAAUCUGGAGAUGAGCCUUUGAUUCUCUCGGUCAGCCCGAGGAUGGUUGCAUGUUGGCACAGCUGCCCCGCACGUACACCUGCACGCUCGCAGCUUGCCCCCGCAGCACCACUUGCCAGCGGGGGGACAGUGUCUGCCAGAAAUGUUAGCUGCUCCCGGGCAGUGUUGAAGGUGGAGCCUGUGCAUGCGUAGUGGCAGCAGCCGCCCUCUUAGAGCUUUAACCAAAGAGGUAACCUGCAGCUAUGGAGUCACCGACUAAGGAAAUCGAAGAAUUUGAGAGCAACUCUCUGAAAUAUCUGCAGCCAGAGCAAAUAGAGAAAAUCUGGCUUCGUCUCCGAGGCUUGAGAAAAUACAAGAAAACGUCACAAAGAUUGCGGUCUUUGGUAAAGCAAUUAGAGAGAGGGGAAGCUUCGGUUGUAGACUUAAAGAAGAAUUUGGAAUAUGCUGCGACUGUUCUUGAGUCAGUAUACAUUGACGAAACUAGGCGUUUACUGGACACAGAAGAUGAACUCAGUGAUAUUCAGUCUGACUCUGUGCCCUCAGAGGUCCGUGACUGGUUGGCUUCUACCUUCACGCGGCAAAUGGGGAUGAUGCUCAAAAGGACAGAGGAAAAACCGCGGUUCAGGAGUAUUGUCCAUGCAGUGCAAGCUGGGAUAUUUGUAGAAAGAAUGUACAGACGGACUUCAAAUAUGGUUGGCUUGAGCUACCCACCAGCUGUAAUUGGAGUGCUAAAGAAUGUUGACAAGUGGUCCUUUGAUGUAUUUGCACUAAACGAUGCCAGUGGGGAUCAUGCACUGAAAUUCAUUUUCUAUGAACUUCUCACGCGCUAUGAUCUGAUCAACCGUUUCAAGAUUCCCAUUUCUGCCCUGGUGUCCUUUGUGGAAGCUCUGGAGGUUGGCUACAGCAAACACAAAAAUCCUUAUCACAACCUCAUGCACGCUGCAGAUGUGACACAGACAGUCCAUUACCUCCUUUUCAAGACAGGUGUAGUGCACUGGCUGACAGAGCUGGAGAUCUUCGCUAUGAUCUUUGCAGCUGCCAUACAUGACUAUGAACACACUGGAACCACUAACAACUUUCACAUCCAGACACGGUCAGACUCAGCCAUUCUAUAUAACGACCGGUCUGUGCUUGAAAAUCACCAUGUUAGUGCGGCGUAUCGUCUUUUGCAAGAUGAUGAAGAGAUGAAUAUUUUAUCUAAUCUCUCAAAGGAUGAUUGGAGGUAAAAAUUAACAUGGUGGCUGCCUAGGAAUAUUGCAGCAUCACCAUAGACUGCUAUUACCUUGUUUGAAUAGUGAUAUGCAUUAUUGUAUUUUACAUAUUAAUAUUUCUAUGCUACAAGGUAAAGAACUUUAAAAGGUGUUUGUCUUGCUUAUUUCUACUUUCAGUUUUCACCUCUGAUACUGAAGCUAGACUUUUUGAUGAUGCAUUAUAAUACAGAAAUUGACUCCCAUCUAAUUUCUAAGUCUCACAGAGACACUCUUUGUACACAUCCAUUUUUAAGUGAGUGUAGAGCUAGCCUACUGUUUGUUCAUCCUAAAGCCUAAACAUAACCUUUAUCUACUUUGACACUUCCUGCCUGGAAAUUAUAAAUGGGACUUAAAGAAUGAAAUAAUCCAGUCCUUGGAGUAUAGAUCAGUCUACUGUACGUGUCAAGGUGAUGUAAGAAGCUGUAAUUUAAAAUAAACCUCAAGAAAUAUAUGA